AGAGUUCCGCCCUGAUACACCAUAUCGAAGACGCUCUACCCGUCUCCUGAAAAGAAAGAGUCCUAAAUCUUGUCAUUAAGAAAUUCAUCUGAAAAGAUGGCGGAAACAGCCCCUUCAUCGCCGGUGUCUCCUACUCAACGACGUUUGCAAGCCCUCGAAUUUAUUGAAGAGGUGAAUGGACUUAUUGCCGAGUUAACCGAAUUUGCCCUGGAUUCUUUGGGGUCAACACAAGAAAAAGAAACAGCCUUAACCUGGAUCAAAGAACUUCGAACCACUGUAAUAUAUCCCAUUUUAAAUGAUUAUCAGUUGUUAAAUCGAAGUUUGAAAUCAAUCUAUACCAAUAUUGUUCGUAGAUUUGAAGCUUUACGCACCCGCGUUGCAGCUCGGGGGCAAUCGCCAUCUUUUCCUGAAUUGGAAGGCGGCACCGGUAACGACUCUCCCCCUUUUGUGACUCUAUAUGGAAAUGAAUCGCCCCCCUUUGUAAAUGUUUAUGGAAAUGAAUCGCCACCGUUUGUGGAUUUGUAUGGCGGGGGAAACGAAUCCCCCCCUUUUGUGAAUGUAUAUGGAAAUGAAUCGCCUCCGUUUGUGGAGUUGUACGGAGAUAAUGUAAAUAAUAAUGUAAAUAAUAAUGUUGAACCUUAUGACGAUGUUUUACCCGAGUUUGAUUUAGAUGUCGAAGUUAGGGAAAGGCGAGAAGAAAUGUUGAACAAUGUUAGAUGGUUGAUAGAUAGUUUGAACGAAGAAAAAAACGAGGGGGAAAGAGAAAGGUUUACAGCGGAAGAAAUUGAUGAGAUGAUGAGGGGGCAAAUUGAGUAUCCCAUGGUCCAAAAUGUAAACUUGGCUGUGAGCGAUGAAAUGGUAGACCUGUAUAAUGCAAUAGCCAUCUUGUUUAAUGGAGAAGACAUUGAUAGGAGAGAGGGGGAAGAUUUGGAAGCUGCCAUGAGAAGGGCUUGGCAUUUUAGAGAAGGGGAUGAAACCAUCCUUGAUGAAAUUUUAAGGGGUCCCAUCUCUCCUGCCCGGUUAGAAAGAGAACGAGAAAGAUUAGAAGAAGAAUUGGGAGACCCUUUAGAACAAACCGAAAGAGAAAUAUUUGAAAGAGAAGGUGUGGCGCCUCCUUUAUCCCCACCCCCUUACGAUGCCCCUUUACAGCAAUUAGGCAGAGAGGUGUUAGAAGAACAAGAUAUAAUUGUUGAUAGAAUAGAUGCAGAGAUAGGGUUGGCUGAAGGGCAGGAAAGGAGAAGAGAGGGUGUUGAAGAACUUGAAAAUGAAAUAGACGAGUUGUUGGACCACCCUGUUGACCCCCAUGAUCUAUUUGAUCAGGUGAACAGGUUGAAUGAUAUUUUGAACGGACAAGAAAGGCUAUUGGAAAGAGCCGCAGAGGUUCAAAGGGAGGGGAUGGCAGUCGGUCAAAGGGCUGCUAAUCUAGCCAGAGAAUACGAGAAUUACAAUGCCGAAAUGGCCAAUGUCAGAAUAGAAAUCGAAUUAAACAACGACCUGUUAGAUCAAUUGAACAUUGAGGAUAUUGUAGAGGAGCAUGCACGGUAUCAAAACGAGUUGGAUGGGAUUUUAGAACAACCCCGAGAUGAGGAAGAGGUACAACGCCAGGUGAACGAACUAAUACGAAAUUUGGAACAUCACCAAAGAGAUAUCAAUCACUUAGAAAAUGAGAUUAUUGAGGGGGUGGAACAAAACGAACAGGCUCUUGAACAGGUGCGCCAGGUCCGAGAAGAAAUACAUGAAGGGGGUGGGGUUCAAGACCCUGUCGAUCUUGAGAGAUUAUUAGAGGCUUUGCAUCAGGAAAUAGAUGACAUGGCCAAUGUGAUUGAUUUUCGAAAUCAGGGCGAACAAUAUGCCCGUUAUUUGGAAUUGCAAGAGAGAUUAGAAAGGGCCAUCGAAGAAAUGCGCGAAGACAUCGAAAGAAGAAAUGUCGAAUUGGCACGUGCCGAAGAAUUGGCCCAAGAAAGAUUGCUAGACCGCCGGCAAGAAGAACAAAAUAUCUUGAACGAUGUUUUAGACAUGGAAAAUGAAGCUUUGGCAAGACCCCCCGACCAUGACCGAAUACUUAACAACAUCCUCGACCUAGAAGAAGAAAUCCGCCAGAGAGAGAAUGAAAUGGAGAAUAUUCUCCAAGAUGUAUUUGAUCUUGAACAAGAAGUGGCGGAAAGAAACGAGCGCCAGAGGCAGGAAGCUCAAGAAGCAGCCUUGCUCGAAGAAUUGCAACGCCAACAACAACAGGGGGGUGCCGAUGAUGACGAUGAUGAUGACAACGAUCAACAAAGGCGGGAUAUUCCUCCUAAUUUUGAACUGACCGAAGAAAAUGUCAGGAGAUAUUACCGUUUGGAUAGAGUCCAACAAGGGGGUCUUCCAGGGAGGUUUGGUGAGCAAACCACCUUGUUUGGACUAAGAGUGUUACCUCUUGAUGACUUUUUAAACUAUUAUGACGGGGAUGAAGUGGUGUCUUUUAUGAUUCAAGAUGCCAUCGAUCAGUUUUUACCUCCCGAAGAAGAGAGGCGCCCCCAAGAUUUGAUCCAUGUCCAUAUCUCCCAUCCUAGAUUACGUCAUGGAGAUAUCCGCCAGUUGCGAAGAGUAGCCAAUUGGAACAUUGGCGCCAUCAUGAAUAACAUUGGUGCUGUUUUACAAUCCAACGAAGACUGGAUCAUGGGGUUGGGAGAUGCCCAAGACGGAUUUACCAUUAAUAUUAUGUAUAUCAGACGACCGGGUCCUGUGGGGAUGCACCCUAUAUCUGUAAACAUUGAAGAUUAUCUAAAAAAAUCAAAGUCGUUUUUACAGGUCAACGAUCCUGGGGUAUUGUGCAUUCCAAUUUCCAUAUCGCUGGCAAUGGCCCAUGCCAAAAAAGAACAUGACUCUCAAUCGCUAAAGCUAUACCGCCAGAUGACAUCCCGUGAGAACAGAGCCAUCCGAAGAGAUGUGGCCACACGCCUGCUAGAAGAGAGCGGUGUCUCUUUGACCGAGGUAGAAAACCGAGGAGGUUGUUUGAUGGAAGACAUAGAAACCAUCGAUAAGUACAUCAAACGUCAAUUUAAAGGGCAUUAUUACAUAACUGUCUAUAGUUAUGAAAACAAGAACCAUGUAAUUUACCGAAAACAGCCUGAAAACAAGUCUAACUCGGUUGCACUUAAUCUGUAUAUGUACAAGAAUCAUUGUGGUGUUGUGACCAAAUUGGAGUCGUUCUUUGGGGUAGGCUAUCGUUGUCCCCAGUGCGGACAACACUUUCACAAAAAGACCAAACAUCAAUGUACCCGAGUGUGUUCGGGGUGCAAAAAGGGUCAGUGUGAACGAGGGCCAAGCAGUGAACACAUAAAGUGUGAAGAGUGUAAUCGAUGGCUUAUGUCCCGACAGUGCUUUGUCAAACAUCUUGAACAAGAUUCUCAAGGUAGAUCGACUUGUAAGACAUUAAAACGUUGCAAGGUGUGUAACGGAAUAAUUUCGUCUGAAAAAGGACAGCAUAAAUGCGGCAUUGUCAACUGCCGCCAAUGUCACGUUGAACUGACCCAGGCAGAAUGUGCCAAUCAUCGGUGUUACAUGACUAAAAUAAAAAAUGUCUUUCAGAAAAGAGAAGAACAGACCGACCCACCCUCUGGCGAUGGUCAAAAAAAAGGAACCAAACGAAGAAGGGGUAAGAAAAAGACCCCCGAUGAGAUCCCAUCAUGGGACCCCGAUCGAAAAGAAGCGCUUGUACAGGCCGAAGAAUUUAUGUCUGCUGUCUGGAAACAUCUAAAUUUGGAUGGAACUUGGAACAUGUACCAACAUACCGAUCCCGUGCAUGCUUGUCUACAAAAUCUAGAAAGGUUAUGGAAAACAGUAAAAAAAGAAAAAGAAAACGAAAAAGAUAUUUUGCAAGAAUGUUGUGUCUUUUUCAAAGGUGUCCUAGAUGGAUACUGUGUGGGGACCUAUCUAUUCUAUGAUUUUGAAUGUCGCCAAGAUGAACCUGUUGAUGUAGAAAUACACAAAAAUGCCAAAAAGGCGGGUAACGCAGGCUCUGUACCAAAGCAUCCUGACGAUGAUGAUGAAGGAAACGGGGUUCUGUUUAAACAUGUUCCUAAUUUGGUUGUUGUUCACAGAGUCUGCGAUUAUUGUUGGAAUCGCCCCGUUGAAGAAACAUGUUUUCUUUGUCAGCAAAGGGAGUGGGUUUGGAAAGGUGAUGGGUGUGAGGUGCCUUUUUGCGAUUGGCUCUUUGAUAACUCCUGUUUUGAUUUUAUGGGGCGAAACCCAAACAAAUAUCGCACAGCCUUUGCUCAUAACUUUAAAGGAUACGAUGGGAUGAUUAUCAAACAAUACCUCUUCGAGAGAGGGGUGGCUAUCGAAGGUAUCGAAUGCGGUAGUAAAUUGAUGAAAUUAUCCUAUCAGACCAUUUUGUUUUUGGACACAUUGAACUUUUUGCCCAUGUCACUCAAUAAGAUGGGCAAGACAUUUGAAUUGAAUGUUAAAAAGGGCGAUUUUCCACAUUUCUUUAAUACCAAAGAAAACCAAGACUACAUCGGACCCUUGCCAGAUCCCGAGUAUUACGGGUUGGGGUACCGAAAAUCAGAAAAAGAAGUAGCUGAUUUUAUGGUAUGGCAUGAAGAAACAAAAAAGAAAGUAGGCAAUACCUGGAAUUUUCAAGAUGAAAUGUUGGCUUAUUGUAAGAACGAUGUGCUUGUUUUGUGCAGGGCUGCCAUGACAUUUAAGAAAAUGUAUUAUGAGGUGACGGGGGUAGACCCCUUUGAAAGUGUUACCAUUGCAGGGGCUUGUAUGAAGACGUUUCGUUCAAACCAUCUACAACCCGAAACCAUUCCGAUCAUCCCUCCUCAAGGGUACGAUCCCACCCAUCAAAGUCGGUUAAAAGGAUUAAUGUGGUUACAUGAAAAAUUGAAAUCGACCGACGAUACCCAGUUUAAGUAUAGUUAUACAAAAGAUUGUAUUGUUUUGGGAGAGACAGGAACAGUCAAGGCCACAGGAGAAGGUAGCGAUGGUAAAGUGUAUGUGUACCAUCCUUGCGUGUGGCAUGGGUGUCCUCAAUGUUUUCCCACCAGGUCUAUUCUCGUUCCGUUUGAGGUUUAUAACGUUGAAAAGGCCUACCAAGAUGCCUUGUCAAACAGGGCCGAGAUUAUAGAAUACUUAAAACAAAAAGGGAUGGAUCCCAAAGAAAAUAUUGUCGAAAUAUGGGAACAUGACAUUGAUUUUGAACCUUUGCAACCAUGGAAAGAAACCUUGAUAACCAAACAUCCCAGGUUAAAGGGAUCUCUGAAUCCUAGAAACGCUUUUUACGGAGGGCGUACAGGUCCUUGUCGCCUUCAAUGUCAAACAAACGAACGAGAGAAGAUCUUAUAUUAUGAUGUAUGUUCACUGUAUCCAUGGGUCAACAAAACAUGUAAAUAUCCUGUAGGUCAUCCUACAGUCAUACGUCCGGGACAUCGUCGAUAUGAUGCAAAAAAUGUAUUUUUGUACGAAGGGUUAAUAUGGUGUGAUGUGAUCCCUCCCCGCAGGUUGUUUCACCCCCUCUUGCCUUAUCGCUGCAACCAUAAACUAUUGUUUGGCUUGUGCAGAAGUUGCAUGGAAUCCAUGCAACAGCAAACCUGCACUCACAACGAUGAUGAACGGUGUAUGACAGGUACUUGGACCACCAUGGAAUUGCAAAAAGCAACCUUGUUGGGAUACACCGUUCGAAAAAUUCAUGAAAUUUGGCAGUUUGAUGAGGUUCGAGGAGGAGGAAAAAAAGAAAAAGAAAGUGAUACAGAAGAAGACAAAGAGAGUUUGUUUGAAAAUUACAUGAAGACCUUUAUGAAGGUCAAGCAAGAAUCCUCGGGAUGGCCUGCGGGAUUGGAAGAUGAGAGCGAUGCAGAAACGAUAUCUCGUCGCCAGUUGUAUAUAGAAGAUUACUAUAACCAUGAAAAUGUACAGUUGGACUAUUGUAAGAUAGCAAAGAAUCCAGGCAUGAGAGCGGUGGCAAAAUUGUGCCUCAAUUCAUUAUGGGGCAAGUUGGGUCAACGGUCCAACAUAUCAAACAAGACUUAUUUUUGCGAACCCAAUGCUUUCUAUGAUUACUUGAACAACCGCACUCAGACAAUAACUGAUUUGGAAUUGUUAACCCCAGAUAUCAUGUGCGUGCACAGUCACCCAAACGAAGAAUUUGAAACAGCAUUUUGCAAUACCAAUGUGGUCAUGGCCGCUUACACUACUUCUCAUGCCAGAUUGAAGCUGUAUACAUACCUGGAAACUUUGCAAGAUAGAGUAUUGUACUAUGAUACAGACAGUGUAUUUUUUAUCCAACGCAAUGACGUUCCAUGUCCCCUUCAAACGGGCAAUUAUCUAGGUGAUUUGACCGAUGAAGUGAUGGGGGAUUUUGGAAAAGGGGCUUACAUAUCCGAGUUCUAUGCCGGAGGUCCCAAGAACUAUGCGUACAAAGUCAAACGGCCCAACCAAGAAGAUGUGAACGUGGUAAAGGUUCGAGGGAUUACCUUGAAUGUCGAAAAUCAAAAAAAGGUUAACUUUGACACUGUCAAAACAAUGAUCUUGGGAGACAUGGAACGUUGCGUUGUCACUGACAAUCAUAAGAUUCAGAGGAACAAACAUGUCGGGUUGGUCAGCGGAAAACAAGACAAAGAAUAUAGGGUCUUGUCUACUAAAAGAGUGUUGGUUGCUGACCUCGGACAUGGUUGGACCUUGCCUUAUGGAUAUUAAAUUAUACAUGUACCUUUUAACACCGCAUGUGGCUCGGUGUUGUUUGUAAAUACUGUUGAGAGAAGACUUGAAAUAAAGCACAAUGCAGUCGAUGAUUUUCAUUGUCGAUGAAAACAAAAACAAUGUUUCACAUCGUGUCUUUUAUUGAUAACAGUGUAACAGUGUAACAGUGUAAAACAAGAUAGAACACAUGAGUAUACAAGGUAAGGCAUGGCUUAGAUACGACUUAACUACUGCUUAGAUACCUCUUAUACUACAAUUCAAUGAUAACAAAUGCUGUAUACCUCUUCGGGUCUGUCUAAUUCUAUACAAGCCAAGAUCACUUUGGUGCAUGUGACUUUGUCACCAUUUUUGCCCCUAUACAGAUGGAGCAUCUGAUAGAUUUGAUUGGUCACACAGUGUGGGUUGUCGGCUUUACAGUGAUAUACCUCUUGGGGUGUUAUACCCAACUUUGAUGCCAACAGUUCCCACUUGCCGUCUAAAUUUUGAGACAUGACGGCCAUAUGCUCGGUAUUAAGAACACCUCCCAACAUAUUGAAUAGAUUGUAAUGCAAGUGUGGUUGGAUCAGUAAAAUGUUCGAUUAUAUAGUCUCUGUGCGAGAGCCCUCGGAGUAAUCUGGUACACAGAUAAUGAACACACAAAUGACCGCAUAUGUUUGUAUUUGGAAACUGAAAGGGGAACUUUGAUAUGUUUGCAUCCAACAUCAAUCCGCGAGCAAACAAUGUAGUCCACAGGUUUUUAUAUCUCGCUUGGUACACAUCGGACCCUGCAGGGUCGUAUACAUCGAUGGCACCCUCGUUGCCAUUAAACAAUACAAUCCAAUGCAAUCCUAUCUCGCUAGAGGGGGCCAUGUUUACAAUGACACAAGAGCGGGGUUGGUUUAAUACAUCGACAUGGUGAUACAUGAUGUCGAUGGGAAAAACUCCUUUAAAAUAUUGAUUGUAUCCGACCGGUAGUUUGCCGUCUAUGAUGUUGACAAUGUUCUUGGUGUCCAAGGGGGUGCUGUCAUAUUCCAUGAUUGUUUAUAGACCAAAGUCGACGCAAACGUCUCUGGCUUGGGUGAUGACGAUGUUGCUGUCGUAUACUUGAUAGAUGACGACUUGGGUGUUUUUGGUUCUUGCUGUUGAAAACCGGAGGUUUAAAUCCAAAUUUCCUCCCUGCAAAGUAUCUGCUGCACCCGAAGGAUGCCCCGUUUUUGUCAUGUCGAAGGCAUACAGUCUGUAUCCAUCGUGCCAUUCUGACAGAGAAAUUUGGGGAAUGUGAUCCCACCGAGAUUGAAUGGCCAGCAUGCUUUCCAGGUAGGGUCUGCAGUUGGCUGCUGCCGCACCAUCUUCGUUGUCUAGUUCAUAGGCAUGAAAUGGAAUCCUGACGUUGUCGUGUAGCAGGUCUAGUUCUUGUAGUUUCAUCGGUUUAAAAUCAUAGGGGGUGGUGGCCAUGUCGCCUGCAAAGGUACCUUGUUCUACCAACCCCACUAUGAGCAGUUUGGGCAUGGGUCCUACGGCGAUGUUUUUGAUUUGAUGGUCGAGUGCCUCUUUGGGCACAAAAUAACUGUUGACCAUGACCCUUUCAAUCGGGUACCUGCUACCGUAGAUUCCCAUCUGUCUUUCUGUUGCAUCCAACAGUCUUGCCGAAGGUGUUAAAAAUUUACAAUACAGCUUGACCUUGGUCAGCGUCAACAUAUACUCGGGCGCGGAGGCUCCUGACAUCAAAAUAAAGUUAUCCGGUUGACGCGUCAACAAUAGUCUGACCUCUACGUUGGGUACCAGAUACCGGUCUUGAUUAAACAAAUCCAUGUGAAGUUUUCCCCAAGUACGCACUUCGUUGUCGCUCGGUUUUACGUAAACUUGGUUUCGAACCACUGCAGCCCAAUUGUUUCCGUUGGUGGUAUGAGCUACAGUGGUAGGAAAUUUAUUUUGUUCGAUGUUGCGUUUACUUCCGCUUAACCCCGCUCUAUCUUUAAACCACCCUCCAGCGGUAUAUUCUCCCACCUGUUGAUCUUUGGUGGCAUGUACUAAAGUAUCGAGAUAAGCUCGAUAGGCAUAGUUGGGUUGAGGGUCGCUUACUUGUGUACCAUUUAGAAACAAAUCGAUAUUUUUCCAAAUUGAUCCGUUGGGAUAAUUGAUCAAAGUCAGUUCUUCGGUUUUUUUAUUAUCGGUUGUAUUUUCUAAUUUAGCCCCUUCGUUGUCGGUUAAUUUAAAUGUCGUUUCGAUAAACAGAUUAUUUAGAUCGAGAAACUGAUGGGGUCGUUUGUCGAUGACAAACUCAAAAGGGCUAAACUGAUUGUGCUGUCCGAUCGCCUGACGUGGUAAAAUUUCUUCAAUCUCAUUCAUAUCGAUAGCCGUUUGAAAUCCUCUUCGAGUCCAUACAUUGACAUUUUGAAGCGUUGCCGAGCGAUCGGACAUUCCCAACCCCAAUUCUGAUGCCGUAGGCACCUUAGUAUCUAAAAUGCUGGUCAUUUUAAUUAUUGUCGAUCAAAAUACAGGGAUGUAAAUCUUAAUGAGGAUCUUUUAAAAAUAACACACGGCUAUUUAUACUUUUACGUGUUAAUUAUUGUAAUCGGUUACCACGUUUCUUGGCUGUGUUAUUGCAAUUUCAUUGUCAUACAUCAAAUAAAAUACAGCUUGGUAUCCUUCAUCCGGGGUCACAUCUCUAAAUUGAAUGUUAACAUUUAAGGUUCCUCCAGACAUGGUAUCCAGGGCCGACAUAGAAUCCCCGGUCUUAGUUAAAUCAAAUCCAUACAGUCUAAACCCCUCGGUCCAUUCUUCCAAGCUGAUUUGAGGUUUUUCAUACGUUGAAAACUUAAGCGCUUCCAACGAUUCAUAAUAAGGUCUUACAUUCAUGGUACUGUUACCGACUUCACUACCUGAUGCACCUGUUUCAGGAGGUUCGAUAACCCAAGGAGUAAAGGGAAGCCUUCGAUUGCCCAUCAGCAAUUCCAGUUUAGACAGAGAAAAUGAUUGAAAAUUAUAAGGGUUUUUUUCGUAGUCGCCUUGAAAAGCUUCAGGUUCGACAAACCCUAUGACAACUUUUUUGGGCAUGACCCCGGUUGCCAUGUUGGCAAUUUGAUAGUUUAAAACACCUUUUGGAAUAAAAUGGGUUUUGAUCAAAACCCUGGUAAUGGGAUAACGCGCAUAACUGUUAUUCAAAAGACGUCUUUCCAUCGAAUCAAACAGAUCGAUAGAAGGAGUCAACGUUUUAACAUGCAAAGUCACCCCUGUUAUUUCAAGCUUUACUUUUGUGCUGGCAGUUGCCACUCCCGACAUGAGCAAAAAUGCAUCGUUUUGACGCCUUAAAAGAAUACGUAGGUCUACAUUUGGAAUUAGAUAACGCAUCUGUUGAAAGAUAUCCGAAUGGAGUCUUCCAAACACCGGACCACUUCCUGAAACCACAUAGAGAGUAUUUCUUUUUUCACCACCCAAAUUUUGACCGUUGGUGGCGGGGACAGGGGUUGCGGGAAAUGUAUUUUGUUCCAUGUUUACAUGGGUACCAUUUUUUCCUGUCGAAUCUCUAUACCACCCUGCCGAAGACAAAGUGCUCAUCUGUUCGUCUUUGGUGGUAUGAAGAAGUGUGUCGAGAUAAGCACGGUAUGAAUAAUGGGGAGAUGAAUCGGAAAUCUGUACAUCGUUUAGCAAAACAUCGACUUGUUUCCAUAGAGAACCGUUGACAUAAUUAACCAGACUAUAUUCUUCGGCUUUGGUACCUGUUGUAGAGUCUAAAGCGGUCCCUGCCACUUUAACUACUUUAAAACUGGUUUCUAUACGGACAUCGUUCAAAUCAAUUAACUGGCCCGGUUUGGCACCGAUUUUAAAUUCAAUUUGACUCGAUUGAUUUUGUUGAUUGAUCGCCUGUUGUGGGUAUAUUUUUUCGACUACAAAUUGAUCGAUACCUACCUGAAAGGGUUUGGUAGACCACACAUCGACGGCUGAUGACAUGACAUGUUUUCGUACAUUACCUAACUGGACUUGGUCUGCCAUUCCUCUGUUAUCGACAUCUGCCAUUUUUAAUAACGCUUUCUCUUUCUCUUACGCUUUAAUUUUUUGCUUGCCUUUGCAAUGUGGCGACCUACUGUUACAGCCUUCUUUUUAAAGGUAUUUCGCAAUUUUUUUAGUAUCCCUCCGGCUUUGAGAAUCUUGUUGAUCGCCGCUCGACUUUUGGGUAAGGGGUGUUUUCUCCGGUAGGUCCGGUUGUGAUGUUUUGAUUUUACCAUGGUAGAGGCUUUAUAUACCUUUUGAGCGAUAGUGUCAUAUUUUUUUUAAAAAAAGGUCUAUUUAUACUAAAACAUGUUUUCGGAAGCACCCAAACUUUGCAAUUGGGCUACCGAUAGAGGGGCACUUUUUGGUACUGAUUUUUUAAUGGCUUUUCUGACGUUUUUGGCCGCUUUCUUUUUAACUUGUUUGUUGACCUUUGUUACCGUUUUUUUUAGCGAUUUUUUUAAUUGUUUUUUAGAUACUCCCGUUUUUCCGACAUCGCGCACAAUUUUUUUAGUCAUGGUUGUUAACGUUUUUUUAUUGAGCUUUCUACGACCGCUUAAUACACUCAUGGCAGUCUUGGUACCUUCGCGGGCUAUAGCGGUGGCUGCUUUUUUAGUCAAAUCUUUACCCGAUGCAACCAACUUUCGCGCAGCUUUUUUUGCCAUGCCCGCGACAGCUUUUUUAGUUACAGCUUGACCAAUGGCUUUAGAUGCUCUUGUUGCGAUUCUCCUUGCUGCCGCCUUGGCUGCAGAUUUUCCAGCAGCUCUAAUACCCGUUCUUGCCAAAAGCUUGGCUCCUGUCGAAAAUAAACUAAAAAACCCGCUUCCUUCUUGACUUACCAGUUCGUGUCUUUUUGGAUCGCUGUACAAUGUAUUAUUUGAAAAUACCAUGGGUCUUGAACCAUACCUGUUGUAUCUUUUAGGACGCAUGUAAUUUAUUCCCCCGUUUUGAACAAUUUCAUCACCGUCCGAUAGUGGUAUUUCUUUGCCAGACCCCUCUUGCUUAAACACUUGAAAACCUCCUAAAGAGGUCCCAUCACCACCCCUUUGAUAAACAGCCAUAGGAAGACCCCCACCACCCCUUUGAAAAACAGGAAGGGGCAUUCCACCACCUCUUUGAAAGACCGGAACAUUAGGCGAAACCCCCAACCCUGUUUGUGUCAGGGCGCUGUUUCCUCGCGUGUAGACAUGGCCUGGAAAAUAAGGAACGUAUUCCGAAGUCAACUUUCUUUUCUUUUCUUGAACAGGAUUAGAGAGGCGCGCUCCAAACUGUCGUUUUAAAUUUCUUUUUCCUAUUUGAUGGUCUAACAUUGCCUGUUUUGACUUGACCUCCGAUUGCAUACGUCCUAUAUGUACCACCUGUUUUCGUUUGUUUCCCCGACUGGGCAAGACUCGUAUUUUUUUAACGGUUUUUCUUUUUGAUCCAUUUUUUUUCUUUGGAACCCUCUUUUUACCUUUUUUGGUCUUCAUGACAAUGAUAUAAUAUUUAAAAAUAAUGUAAAGUCGCUAUUUAUAUACCUUGUGUAUAAACGCUAGAAGCCUUUUUAAACUCCAAUGUUAGAUACACUUCGCUUUCCGGAAAAAAUUCAAACGGUUGACCGUUUUUAUCUCGAAUAUCGACCUGAAUAGAUUGAAACCGAGAGUUUUGCAACCUGUGCGUCCGUUUACUGUAAGCAGAAUUGAGUGACACACUCUCACUUGUCUCUUGAUUGACGAUAAAGAUAUCGAGCAGGUUGGUGCGUUUGUUUUCUAAAUAACAAGGGUAAAUUAAAUCGCAAUAAAAAAAGGCCGCGUCGGCAUGGCUGACAUCUUUGGGGAUGUUAAGAAAUUGACCCAGCUUGAUGGGUUUGGCUGACGUGCUGUGAACGGUAUAGUAACUAUGGCUAUCUCCCGUUGUUUUUGUAGGGUUGAUGAUAGAGUGUUUGUUGACAAUGCUGACUGGAACAGUGGGGGGUGCAUGCAUCAAACGACAGAACCUGUUAGCAACUCCAACAGUCAUAUUAUUCAUCUGGGUGCCUGCUCUGUUAUCGAUGGUUGUAGCACUUGUUACAUGAUCAAAUUCGGGAGCAUAAAGCAAAUACUUUUUAUCGAGGGUUUUUAUCAAAAACGAUCUGUCCAAAAAUUUAAACAUGCUUGAAUAGCUAAGCGAUUCUGUAUUAUAUCCCGACAAGAAACUGUCUUUGUCAGGGGCGUUUGGCAAAUAUACAUGGGGUGUAACCGUGUUACCAUUGGGAUAAAACCAUGGCAUUAACACCCCUUUAAAUAAUUGAGGGUCGUUAGUUCCGACAGGAUUGUGAGAAGCCAGGUGAACAAAUUUAUAAGAAAGGGUUUGAGGGUCGCUUUCUCCCGGUAAUCUUACGGUAUUAUAAUUUGAUGCAAUUCUUUGAUCUGUAAAGGCAGUUGCAUCGGUCAUGUAUCGGGUAAACGGAGGAAACAAACGGAUGGGGGGUAUGUCAUCGACACCUUGAAACGACAAGACAUCUCCGUAACCGGUUCCGGCUUCAAACCAUUUGUUAUUGAGAAUUGCCAAAAUACCAUCAAGAUCUCGAAAAUGUUCUAAAAUUGCCCCUCUUCCAUCAGCUUCGCGGUAAAUAUUAUCUUCUAAUCCUAAAAACGAAACAACAGGUCCGAUAAAUAUCAUCUGAUGACCGUUAAACCGGCCCGGAGCAGCUCGAGCGUCUGCAGGUGUUUGAUAAAAUUCAAAGGUAACCUCUUUUAGAUUAUCCUGAACAUCGAUUGAAAUGGCAAACUCGGCCCUUAACGCUGGUGGAAUAUACUUUUGAAUGGUUUUUACCAAAUGUUCUUUGGUCCUGUAAAACCCCGGAGGGCACAUGACCGAAAACACACGAUUAGAAGCAUCAAAACCCACCAAAUUUCUUGAUGGAAAAAGUCCCGCUUUGCUGGCAAUCUGAGGAUGAUAUUUUACGUUUCCUUGGCUGUCUUUGCUGAUGUUGAUACCUCCAUACCUGCAAAUCCCGAUAAAGGAUUUUGUCGGAUCGCGCAAAGCAUCACCAAAAUCAUAGACAAAAUCAAGCUUUGAUUUGGUACCACUGUACGAAAAAUCAGAUAUGCUGACUUCCCAGUCUCCUUUUAAUUCUAAGGGUUUGUCUAACUUGACGGACAGAGCGGACACGGUGUCUCUGUAUCCUGUUAAUACCACAUAAAAUGUAUCUUCCAUUUUUACUACAGUCCGUGGGUGCUUUGUACUUUUUGAGAUGCUUCUUUGGUAAAUUGCAAGGUAAUGUAUACUUCGCUACCGGGGUUAAAUUCAAAAAAUGUUCCUCUAGAAGUAGCGAUCACACAUUCGAUCUGUUGAAAGCGGCUGUUUGAUACAAAAUGUUUUCGUUUUCCUUCGGAAGAUCCUAGUUUUAUACUUUUUGCCUCUCCUUGGUUGAUGGGGACAAUACCUACCAGGGACACCAAUACAUUACCCACCCAACUGGGUUGCGCAAGAUCGCAAUAUACAAAUCCAAAAUCGGUAGCAUUGAUCAACGUAGCUUGCGUUUGCACAGACCCUCCGAUUUGAUAUCCUGUUUGGAUUUGAAGUCUUUUGUAUGAAGAUGGAAAGAGGUCAGGGUCUAGUUGUAUACCACUGCUGGCUUCUAAUUUAUUAAAUGUAUACACAUCGACCCCUGCUGGGAUCGUUAACACAUUGCAUAAUUUAUAAUAAUAAGCUUUGUAUGUUUCGCUGUUAAAAUCUUCAUCAGGAGGGUGGGGGUUGCUGUCGCCCGUUAAAUAUGUUGAAGAUAUAGCUUUAUAGUUAUAAGAUUGGGUUUGUGUGGCUUUAGUUUUUAGAGUGUCAUCAUCAUCGUAAAACAAUCCUACUCUCACUUUUUUCUUGUUGCUUGUAGAAAAAGCACUGUCGGUAUCAGAACGGUUUUUUUCUAAAAUUUUAACGAUAGCGUUGUUCCAUUUAUUAAAUAUCUUGACCCAACUGUCUACUUCAGGGUUGUGACCGCAAUAAUAUCGAAUGUCACCAGAAUAAUAUCCGUUUACCGUACAAUGUGUGAUGGGUGCAUUGGGAUCAUAGUCAUCAUCUUCGGGUUCAAAUGUUUCAUGUUCAGUUUCCGAUUCGUGAGUAACAACAUCGGUAAUAUUUCCCGAACAAGGGCAUUUUGAAUCAUGUCUCGGUGAUCAUGCCCGAUCAUCCACAACCGAUAAUCUAAGGUGGCAUUAGGAAUAGCUUCUAUGGGCGGCGGUGUUUGGGUAGCAGUAUACGUUGUACUGGUACCGGUUCCAUCUAGUGUGUUUACAUCGUCAGACCCUGUUGUGGUAGGAUACGAUAUGGUUUCUACCAAAUCUAGUUGCGUUUCGCGAUGGGGUAUGGUAAUGGGAUAAUUGCCUUCGAUAAAAUGGUCCGUGUCUGUCGAAUUGAUGUUAUAAAAUGGUACCUCAUGCCCAGUUCCUGUUAUGACAGGUAUUCUUCCAUAAUCGCGAUAAGAGACAUAAUUUGAGUCUGUACUAUUAGCGUCAUCGAUGUCGUAAAAAGCGGGCGACUUGCCUAUGCACACGUUGCUUACUAAAAUGGGGGUCUCAGCACCUUGAGUACUGACAUUGGGAGUCAAACCUAAAAUAUUUACAACGGGUCCUGCAAAAAUAAACUGUCGCCCGUCAAAUCGACCGGCAGCAUGGACCUGGUCGCCGAGCGAUUUUAAUUUUAAUCCAAAUUCGCCUCUGUCGGUAACAUAGGCAUCAAAGUUUUCGCUGAUAACGGUAUUAGAUUGCACUGCGUCUACAACGGCUUGGGCAACGUGAACGCGGCUAGGGUAUUGUCCGUUUGCUAUCUUGAUGGCAAUGGGAGCAUCGGGAGCUUCUAACUCGAUGGUCCUCUCGUGAAGAGUUCUUCCUUCGUGGACCGGUUUCCCAUUUCCUAUCUGUAGCCGGUAUAAUGCAGAACCAUUAUCCAAAACAUCGUACAUGAUGGUUCCCUGGUUGAUUUGAGCCCCGAUAAAGCUAUAGUUUUCAUCGGGUUCUUCUUUUAGUUGUUCUAAACGAGUGGCAAAUUUUAGAUAAGAGGUCGCCGAACGAUAAGCAAAGUCGAUCAUCGAAACAGACCAUGCUCCUUUUAACUCAACGGGUCUAUCUAAAGUGGUUAAAAUAUGGUUAGCUCCGGCCCCUUUUCCACUCAAUGUGAUGUAAAAAUUUUCCAUCCUCUCUUAUCCCUGCUGAGAUAGCGUGCUUUUCUUAUUGUCUAGGUUUUCUUUCCACCUAUUUAUAGUUUCUAAUUUGAGCGCCCUCGUCAAAAAAGAAGAAGAACGCGAACGAGGGUUUGAAUCUUGUCUCGAAGUGAUGUUUACCUGCCCCCCACAACAGGCGCUCAAUAAAUCCAACUUAUUUUUCAUCUUAAGGCUUUGUAGAUUACCCAUUUUAGAGCUGUUCAGACACAAAACGAGGAGUGAUACCGCCUCUUUUUGGUUUAGAAACGCGACUUGGCGUUUUGACAGCGGGAAACUUUGAGGUGAUUUUAGGUGUUAUACCUGCAGCCUUGAAUAAACCGUCAAUUUCUUGUUUACGUCCGUGGCUUAGGGCAGGUGCGUGUCCACGGCCCAAAUAGUGAGUUAAGAUGGGAUCUAAACGAUGUAUUCGCCGACCGGUCGGAUCGAGCAAAUAUCCCUGUUUAUCUAUGCCAUAUUUUUUUUCAAGCAGACUAUUUAUAACAGGUUCCGAUUUUUCACGGACCGAUUGAGACAGUUUCGCGUCUCUUAGAUAAGACGUCGACAAAGAUCUACCCGAAGUCCUAGGUCCAACCGCGGACGUAGAGGGGGUAUAGGGUGUCACAUCCAUUUCUUCUUCAUCGCUAAUUUGCUCUGCGUCACUAGGGGUGGGAGAUGGUGAACGAGAUGGGGGUUUGAUGUUGGAAGCGGGGGUGGUAAAUUGGGUGCGGGUUACUUUUUGAUCGUAUAAAUAUUUUUUUAACAACACAGACUUUUGGGAAGGGGUCAAAAAACGACUGUUGGAAAUACGCUUUAACAUGGAUUCAAUUUCUUUUUGUUUCUUGCUCAGAGUGAUGGCUUCGUCGUCGUCGGGUAACGCUGUCAAGGUAACCCCUCCUUUUAUUGUGGGUGUUUGGUCCAAAGCAGUAGCUUGAGCUCCUGUAAACAUGGGUGCUGGUAUAACGCUUUCCCUUCCCAUCAUCUGUUCCAAAUGACUUAUGCGCCCUCCCAGUUUGUCUAAAAUAUUUCGAGGCACCAAUGACAUUUGCCUAAAUUGUGACAUGUUAAAACCUCAACCUUGCAGCAGCCCUAAAUUUAUUUCUUCUCCGUAACCUUGGAUUUUUUUCCGGUGGCUUUCUCUUUUUAACUGGUUUUCUUGCUAAGCGCAAACGUGUCCCUUUUGGGUCGUUUGCCGAUUUGAUUGCCUCCUUUAUACUCCUUACCACAACCUCUACAGCCAAGGGUAGCAAAGCUGCGGGACCCAUGGACAUGCCUGCAGCCAUCAAUCCUGCAGAUGCGGCACUUUGGGCAGCCCCCACCCCCACAUCGGUCAAAGCACUUUUUACCCCUUCGCUUAUUUUUCCUCCUUUCUGGUUUAGAUAAGAAGCAGUCACAUGAGGGCUUACAAUUUUACCCACAGCCUUAAAAUCAACAUCUUUCAUCUGUUUUAAAAUCUUUUUUUGUUUUUUUUCAUUCUUUUCUGACAAAAACCGAUUCCAUUUUUUGGCUUUUUUUCGAAUUUGUUUUAAACUAGGAUCAAAAUCGUUUACAAUAUCCGCUUGUCCAGGUUUACCAAAUUC